CCAUCGGUCGCGUCUAUGGCGCGAGGAAUCCUCGAAAGCCUUACACUCACGUGUAAAUUUGUGAAAGUGUGCGCGGCGCGGCCAGCAGCGGCAGACAGCUCUCUGAAUACACGCGUUAUUAACAGCGACAUGCGCAUAUUCAUGUCAAGUGUAGUGUGCGAGUGGUGAAAACAAUAUUUUGGCCUUCGGGGGCCCAAACAAACAUUAUUUUUACAAAAUGUACAAGCUGAAGUUCUCCCAGAGGGAUAAAGUUAAGAAAUUUAUAGCCUUCACGCAGACGGGCGAACAGACGGCGAUUUACUGCUUGACUCAGAAUGACUGGAAGCUCGAUUUGGCCAGCGACAAUUACUUUCAGAAUCCCGAGGCUUAUUACAAGGAGCCGAAAGUUUCUGUAGAUAAAAAGAAACUUGAAGUUCUAUUCAGCAGAUAUCAAGACCUCAACGAACCUGAAAAAAUUACUGCUGAUGGGAUAAUGAAGUUCCUCGACGACCUGAGCCUCAGUCCUGAAAGUAAAUUAGUCCUGAUAAUAGCAUGGAAGUUCAGGGCCGAAACGCAGUGCGAAUUCACCAAAGACGAGUUCAUGAACGGCAUGAUGGAUCUAGGCGUCGACAGUAUCGAUAAACUUAAGAUUCGACUCAGCAGCUUGGAAUCUGAGCUCAGGGACGCUCAGAAAUUCAAAGACUUUUAUCACUUCACUUUCAACUACGCCAAGAACCCCGGACAGAAGGGAUUGGACCUUGACAUGGCUAUCGCCUAUUGGAACAUCGUGCUCGACGAGAAGUUCAGGUUUCUACAGCUCUGGUGCCAGUUUCUGCAGGAACAUCACAAACGAUCGAUUCCAAAGGACACGUGGAACCUGCUGUUAGAUUUUGCGCUCAUGAUCAACCCCGACAUGACUAAUUACGACGAGGAAGGAGCGUGGCCCGUACUGAUCGACGACUUUGUAGAAUGGGCUCAGCCGCGUGUUCGUCAGUCUCUUUAACAUUUUACGCUGAGCCGUCAGUGCCGCCACUGAUGCUAAUAUCGCGUGGCUGGCUUAUUGAUGAGCUGGGAAUAUUCUUGUGUAUAAAAAGAAAUUGAUAUAUGUGCAUAUUAUUACUAUAUAAUUCACAGCGAUAUAACAAUGUCGAUUGCACAUAGAUGAUUUUUAAAAUCGAUUGGCGAGAGAACGCUCUGAGGCUGAUAUCAUCGUUCUUUUCGUUUUUUUCUCCAACUUUUUUUUUCUUUUUCGUUGAUUGUGCCACUAUCAGCAAAUUUGUACCUCCAAGUUCGAAAUUACAAGGAGAACGGGAAAAUUUGAAGAAUACAGCAUUUGAUUUUGUAAAUAAUCAAACACACAGGCACACAAACUACAAGUCAGUUCCGUAAUAAUAGAGAGAAAAAAAUAUAAAACGUUAUAACGAGGAAACACUUGAUUUCACUAUAGUGAAAAAACAAACUAUACAAAAUUGUAACGUUGCAAAAAAUAAUUCAUGCGUUAGGAAAUGAUCAAAACACAUCUUCUAGGAUUGAUUGAGAAAAAUCUUCUUUUUUUCUUAGAGUAAUGUUAUUAAAUUGAUGCGUGCGCUGUAUGAUUUGUUACAAAGAAAAUAUUCGAAACGAAAAAAUAUAUAUAUAGCUAUGUAUAUAGAGACGUACAUAUACCGCGGAAACAUGUAGGAAACAUGAGCGAUGAGGAAACAGGCCCCUUUGAAAAAAAAAAAAAAAAUGCCCUAUGCAUCUCAAUCAAUUGAUACUGCUCAAUUUUUUUUCAUUAUUAGGAGAAGAUAUCAAAGGAUAAACGCUUCCUAGAAAAUAGGAAGGAGAAAAAAAUAGAAUAUACAAACGAAAAAAAAAGGUAUUCCAAAAGAGAAAUAAUGGGAAAACGGGGAACAAAAAUUGGUCAAGAUUCCACAACAUGCUCAAGUUACGCAGAUAAAUCGGUAACGAUUACGCAGAACGCUUAUUCGAUUUGUUAGUCUAAUUUUCAAACAAAAUAAUAUCUUAUUAUUAUCCAUAUAAGCUGCUAUUGUCGGGCUUGGAAAAAAAAAUUAAGAACUAACCAGCAAACGAUAUAAUUUUGGUUUUUAGUUAAUAAUAAUAGUAAUGAUGAUGAUGACGAUGACUAUGACUAUGACUAUUACGAUUACGAUUACGAUUACCACGACUACGACUACGACUACUAUGAUUACAAUGACUAUGACUAUGACGAUGACGAUUACGAUUACUACGACUACGACUACAACUACGACUACUACGAUUACUAUGACUAUGACUAUCACGAUGACGAUGACGAUGACUAUGACGAUUACGAUUACUACGACUACGACUACGACUACGACUACGACUACGACUACUACGAUUACUAUGACUAUGACUGUGACUAUCACGAUGACUAUGACUAUGACUAUGACUAUGACUAUGACUAUGACGAUUACGAUUACUACGACUACUACGAUUACUACGACUAUGACUAUGACGAUUACGAUUACGAUUACUACGACUACGACGACUACGAUUACGAUUACUAUGACUAUGACUACGACUACGACUAUGAUUACGACUACGACUACGACGACGACUACGACUACGACUACGACUAUGACUAUGACGAUGAUAAUAUAUACACACACACAAAUAUUAUAGUAAUAAUAUAAAAAUCUAUAUUUUCAUUUCGAAACUUCUCACAUAGAUAUGACGAUAGCAAAUGCUGCAAACUAUAUAAAUACCUGCGCCUGUUACACAAAAAGAAGAGUGAUUUUUUCUGCAUUUUUUGUUGAACGCGAUUAAAAUUUAAUUCUAUUUUUGUUUUACCACGCAGACGCAUUUUAGUGAGCGAAAAAAUCCAACACAUUCUGUUUCAACUUCGGAUAUAUUCUCUAAGUUAUAAUAGUUAAGAUUUUUCGUGACACAUUUUUGCAAGCCCCCUUUUUUAAUAUGACACUAUUCCACAAGUCGAAAAAAGAAACAUUAGACGAAAUUUUGUCACAGUUUUAGUUUUAUUUAUUAGAAUAUUAGACUAUCACCAUCGUUCUCGGACCAUUUAUGUUCUAAAAUGUCAGGAAUGAUUUAUACUACACGAUCGAACAUCUCCGUGAUAUUCCAAAAUCAUCUCUAAACGUAAAAUACAUAUGUAAUGAAUUUGCGUUGAUCCAACUUAAAAAUACAAGCAGAGUAGACGGAAGAAAUUCAAAAAUAGCAAACUGCUUAAAGAAUGGAAACUUGCUAUCAAUUUCCAGUUACAGACAAUGUUGAAUGUCACAUUAUUGUUGCUCUCACUCGAGCCAAAAAUAUCGACAAGAAUAUUCUGGAAAGGAUUUUUAACUCGUUCAAUGCCGAAAGUUUUGCAAACUAUUCUUGAACCAUGGAACGUAAUUGAUUCCUGGCGUCGCGCCAAUCCAAAUUUUCGUAGAUCAACAUGUUGAGAACUUGGAGAAAAAAAAGA